AUUUACUAAAAUUGACAUUGUCAUUUUGUCGGGAUUUCGGGAUGUUCUCCCGGGAAAAUAUUUUAUAAUUUUAUUAGUAAGAUAAACUGUAACCAUAGCAGUUAAACCUAUCAAAAUCAAGAAUAAGCAAUAAAUUAUUUUUUACCAAACAAUAUUUUCCUUGAACGAUUAAAACCAUGGAGGAAAAUAAGAAAACCAAUCAGACUUUAAGUGUUGAAGAACUUAAAGUUAAGGGCAAUGAAUGUGUAAAGGAUGGAAAGUAUAUCGAGGCUGUUCUGCAUUAUACACAGGCUAUAAAAAUGGAUCCUAAUAACUAUCUCUUAUACAGCAACAGAUCAUUUGCUUUUCUGAAGUUAGAUCAACAUUAUCUCUCACUACAAGAUGCUAAUGAAACCGUUAGAUUGCAGCCACAGUGGGCGAAGGGCUACUUUCGUCGUGCUGAGGUCGAAGCAGCGAGCGAACUUUACGACGAAGCAAUAAUAUCAUACACAAGAGCAUUACAAUUAGAUCCUCAAAAUGUUAAGCUAAUGGAAUCCAUCAAAAACAUUUCUGAUAUGCAAAAAAAGAAAAUUAAAGAUAGUCAAAACAUAAUAUGGAUAUGUACUUGUGUGGGUUUAAUCUUUGGAAUUGGUAUUGUUGUUUUGGAUUACAGUUUAACUGCAAAUCCAACAUUAUCGCAUCCCUUUAGCAUGGUAGCAUUUGCGCUUGCCCUUGCAGGUAUGGGUUGGGCAAUAGGAAAGAGUGUCAACUUAAUGAGUUCUAUGAGUGCUGGGAAAUCCUUACAACCUCCGGAGGACUUAGGUGUAAAUGACAAUUCAAAUGAAAAAGAUACAACAGUACCUGAGAAAAAAUCAAAGUACAGUAAGGCGCAAGCCAGACAAAGAUAUAAGCAAGGAAAACUUUAGUUAUAAGAAUCUUCUUGAUCCAAUUUUUAUAAGAUUUAUUAGAAUGUAAGCAUGUAUCAGGCUUGGUGAGGGUGUUGUGUUGUUAAAGGUACCGCUAGUCCAUUGAAAUAAUCAUAGAUAGUCCUUAUUGCAAAGACUUCUUGAAAAGACAUUUUAUAAAUACAAUUAUUCAUCAAUAUUGUUGGAAUAAAUUAAGGUUUAUAAUAAAAUAUUUACCAUUUCCUGAAAAUUUAAUCUGUUUAGUAUUUUUAUAUAGUUAUGUUAGUUUUGUACUUAGAACAUAUUCGAUUUUAUGUUAAAUACUGAAAUAUUUGAACAAUCUGUUUACAAUCAGUAUCCCUAUAUUCUGGAUGUUUUAAAGAAAAUAUAUAUAUAUGUAUAAAAAAA